AUGAAAGUGAUCAUUGCCGCCCUCGCCCUCGUGGCCAUCGCCGCCGCCGCCCCUACAGAGUACAAGCCACAACCACAGAUUCUCAAGUCGGUAUUUGAGCAUAAACCUGACGGAGGAUACAAUUUCAGGAGAGCCUCACACGCGUUGAAAUCUAUUAUAAUAAUUAGUAAUUAUCGCACCGCGCCACCUAAACUUAUGCCGUAUAUAUUUGAAAAUAUCAUUGCCGCCCUCGCCCUUUUGGCCCUCGCCGCCGCCUUUCCUCUAGAGAAUAAGGAACCAACAAAGAUCCUCCGCUCAGAACACGAGCAAAGACCCGAAGGGCAAUACAACUUCAAUUUCGAAACUGACGAUGGAACUUCACGCCAGGAGCAAGGUUCAAUCAAGGAAGUCCUAGAUGAGAAGAAGGUACCCCAAAAUGUCGUUGUCGUUCGCGGAUUUUACACCUAUGUCAGCGAAGGCAAACCAAUUACCGUCGAAUACGAAGCUGAUGAGAACGGUUACCGUGCUUUUAGUGAUGCCAUCCCUAAACAAGCUCCAUCCAGGAGA